AUGGGAACCCCAAUUUCAAGUGUGAUUGCACAGAGUGUAAUGGAACACAUAGAACAAAAAAUUAUGUCGAAAUACAACAACAAAGCGUUCUUCAGAAGAUAUGUUGAUGAUUGUCUCCUAAUUACCACACCAACAAGUAUGCAACACAUACUACAAGAUUUCAACGGUGCUCAUACACUAUUACAAUUUACAAUUGAAGAAGAAAAAGACAGAACAUUGGACUUCUUAGACAUGACACUAAUCAACAGAGACAACAAAAUACUUACAAAAUGGAAAAAUAAAAAACAAAACUCCGACCGCAUCCUGGACUAUUAUUCUAACCACCACACCGGACAAAUACGAGGCACAAUAAUUGGCUAUAUUGACAGAGCACUUAAACUGACAUCACCGGAAUUGAGACCAAAAAUAAUAAUAGAAUUAAAAGAACGAUUAAUUAAGAACAAUUACCCUACAAAGAUGACUACACCUAUAAUAAACGAGAGAAUACAUAGACUUCACAACCUGAGAACAACUGAAGAAAAUAAAGAACAAAAAACACGAAUACCAAUUCCCUACACCAAAAAUUUGUCUCAUAAAAUCACAAAAAUAUUAAAACCUCAUAACAUUGAAUUAGUCCACAAACCUCAAAACCAAUUGAAGGAGAUCUUCACAAAAUUAAAAAAUUCAACACCUAAAUCUAAAAAGUCUAAUGUUGUUUAUAGUAUUCCGUGCAAGGACUGUGAUAAACAAUAUAUCGGACAGACAUCACAGAGAUUACACGACAGACUCAACGCUCAUAAAUACACGAAAAACGCAACAACGGAGCUGGUCAAGAACCUCCUGACUAUAAUAUCGGUGAACGGCUUGGUGGAGGCCCACAUGCUGGAAAAUACAAAGAGGCUGCAACUUGAUACUUACUUGAUUAGUCAGGCCCAAAAGCAAGUGAUUUUGGGCUCUACGCGGAUAGUCAGGAGGAUCUUGACCAGCUCCUGA